AUGAACCCCGUGAAUGCUACUGCUCUCUACAUUUCCGCGAGCCGCCUAGUGCUCAACUACGACCCCGGGGACCCCAAGGCGUUUACCGAGAUUAACAGGCUCCUGCCUUACUUCCGACAGUCCCUCUCGUGCUGUGUGUGCGGACAUUUGCUACAAGAUCCUAUUGCGCCCACCAACUCUACCUGCCAACACUAUGUCUGCAAAACUUGUAAAGGCAAGAAAAUGAUGAUGAAACCUUCAUGUAGUUGGUGCAAAGACUAUGAGCAGUUUGAGGAAAACAAGCAGUUAAGCAUCCUAGUGAACUGCUACAAAAAACUAUGUGAAUAUAUAACACAGACUACAUUGGCACGGGAUAUAAUAGAAGCAGUCGACGGUUCUUCUGAUAUUUUGGCUUUGCUUAAUGAUGGAUCAUUGCUUUGUGAGGAGACAGAAAAACCCUCAGAUUCAUCCUUUACUUUGCCUUUGACACAUUCCCCUUUACCUUCGACCUCAGAACCCACAACUGAUCCUCAACCUAGUUUAUCUCCAAUAUCUGAAAGUACCCUCAGCAUUGCUAUUGGCAGUUCUGUUAUCAAUGGUUUGCCUAUUUAUAAUGGGCUUUCAAUAGAUAGAUUUGGUAUAAAUAUUCCUUCAUCCGAACAUUCAAAUACGAUUGAUGUAUGUAACACUGUUGACAUAAAAACUGAAGAUCUGUCUGACAGCUUGCCACCUGUCUGUGACACGGUAGCCACUGACUUAUGCUCCACGGGCAUUGAUAUCUGCAGUUUCAGUGAAGAUAUAAAACCUGGUGACUCUCUGUUACUGAGUGUUGAGGAAGUACUCCGCAGCCUAGAAACUGUUUCUAAUACAGAGGUUUGUUGCCCUAAUUUGCAGCCCAACUUGGAAGUAUCUAGUGUAUCCAAUGGACCUUUUCUGCAGCUUUCUUCCCAGUCUCUUAGCCAUAAUGUUUUUAUGUCCACCAGUCCUGCACUUCAUGGGUUAUCAUGUACAGCAGCAACUCCGAAAGUAGCAAAAUUGAAUAGAAAACGAUCCAGAUCAGAAAGCGACAGUGAGAAAGUUCAGCCACUUCCAAUUUCUACCAUUAUCCGAGGCCCAACAUUGGGGGCAUCUGCUCCUGUGACAGUGAAACGGGAGAGCAAAAUUUCUCUUCAGCCUAUAGCAACUGUACCCAAUGGAGGCACAACACCUAAAAUCAGCAAAACUGUACUUUUAUCUACUAAAAGCAUGAAAAAGAGUCAUGACCAUGGAUCCAAGAAAUCUCACUCUAAAACCAAGCCAGGUAUUCUUAAAAAAGACAAGACAGUAAAGGAAAAGAUUCCUAGUCAUCAUUUUAUGCCAGGAAGUCCUACCAAGACUGUGUGUAAAAAACCCCAGGAAAAGAAAGGGUGUAAAUGUGGGCGUGCUACUCAAAAUCCAAGUGUUCUUACAUGCCGCGGCCAACGCUGCCCUUGCUACUCUAACCGCAAAGCCUGCUUAGAUUGUAUAUGUCGUGGCUGCCAAAACUCCUAUAUGGCCAACGGGGAGAAGAAGUUGGAGGCAUUUGCUGUGCCAGAAAAGGCCUUGGAGCAGACCAGGCUCACUUUGGGCAUUAAUGUGACUAGCAUUGCUGUGCGCAAUGCUAGUACCAGCACCAGUGUAAUUAAUGUCACAGGGUCCCCAGUAACGACGUUUUUAGCUGCCAGUACGCAUGAUGAUAAAAGUUUGGAUGAAGCUAUAGACAUGAGAUUCGACUGUUAA